AUUCUUCGCAGUUCCCCCCUUUCCCCCAAAAUGGUUCAAUUCUUCUCCACCACACCCGCGCCACCACCCACUACACGCAGGCUAUCAAAAUCAAAAUGAAGAUUAAAAAACUACCUCAGUUUUCAACAACAAAGCACUAUCAUUAACAUGGUGAUGGGUUUUCAUUUUCUACACAACAACACAUGAAGAGAAGAACAACAUCAAUCAUCUUCUCCAAUCUCCACCGUCGUUUCCAUCAAUUUCCACUCACCACCGCCGCCAAUUUCUCAACAACUCCCCGCCCUUUUCCUGACCACUCCCCACGAAACCCUUCCGUCACAGACACUGACCUCAUCCGCCACGUCACCACAACCAUCAAACGACGCCGUCUUGAACCUCUUCGUCGUGUUCUCAAACCUUACGAAUCUCGCUUCAAACCAAGCCAUCUCAUUUGGGUUCUCAUCAACAUAAAAAACGAUUACAAACUUGUAUUAAAUUUUUUCAACUGGGCAAAAUCACGUUCAGAAGAAGAACAACAACUUCACCCUACUUUGGAAUCGCUUUGCAUUGUUGUUCAUAUAGCUGUUGCUUCAAACGACGUUGAAACUGCUAAAAGACUUGUUUUUGAGUUUUGGGCUAAGCCGCGUUUGGAUGUUUUGAAAUCUUUUGAGCUUUUUACUGAGAGGUUAGUUUAUACUUAUAAAGAUUGGGGUUCACAUCCUCUUGUUUUUGAUGUGUACUUUCAAGUGCUUGUUGAAACUGGGUUUGUUUUAGAAGCUGAGAAACUUUUUCAUAAGUUAUUAGGGUACGGUGUUGUUGUUUCUGUAGAUUCUUGUAAUUUGUUUCUGUGUAAGUUGUCUCGCAAUUUUGAGGGGAUUAAGGUCGCAGUUAAGGUGUUUGAGGAAUUUCCUGAAUUGGGUGUUUGUUGGAAUACUGUUUCUUAUAAUAUUGUUCUUCAUUGUCUUUGUCGAUUGGGUAAGGUGAAAGAAGCACACAACCUGCUUGUGCAAAUGGAGCAUAGAGGAGAUUUUCCUGAUGUUGUGAGUUAUGGUGUUGUUGUUAGUGGAUAUUGUAGAAAUGGUGAGCUAGAUAAGGUUUUGAAGCUUGUGGGUGAGUUGAAGAGAAAAGGGUUGAAACCUAAUGAAUACAUUUACAAUAACAUUAUUGUGCUUCUUUGUGAGAGUGGAGAAGUAGUUGAAGCGGAGCGAGUGUUGAGGGAGAUGAGAAAAUGUGGUGUUUUUCCUGAUAAUGUAGUGUAUACGACUCUCAUUAGCGGUUUCUGCAAGUCUGGAGAUUUUAAGGCCACGUGCAAACUGUUCGAUGAAAUGAAGCAUAAGAAAAUAGUUCCCGAUUUUGUGAUGUAUACUUCUGUGAUUCACGGGAUUUGUAAGAGUGGAAAGAUGGUUGAAGCGCGUGAACUGUUUAGUGAAAUGUGUAUGAAAGGGUUGGAACCAGAUGAGGUGACUUAUACAGCGCUUAUUGACGGGUAUUGCAAGGUUGGUGAAAUGAAAGGGGCUUUUGCCGUUCACAACCAGAUGGUUCAGAAGGGUCUGAUUCCAAAUGUUGUCACUUAUACUGCGUUGGUUGACGGCCUUUGUAAGAAUGGAGAGAUCGAUGUAGCGAAUGAGCUUCUUGAUGAAAUGUCUAGAAAGGGACUUCAACCGAAUGUCUGCAUGUAUAACACGAUCGUAAAUGGUCUUUGUAAGAUAGGAAAUAUAGCACAAGCAGUUAAAAUUAUGGAAGAAAUGGACCUGGCAGGGUUUUAUCCCAACACUAUUACAUACACUACACUCAUUGAUGCAUAUUGUAAGAUGGGGGAAAUGGCCAAGGCUCAUGAGUUGCUGCGCAUUAUGCUUGAUAAAGGACUUCAACCUACAAUUGUUACAUUCAACGUGCUAAUGAAUGGGUUUUGCAUGUCAGGGAUGUUGGAAGAAGGUGAAAGGUUAAUCAAAUGGAUGUUUGAGAACAGUAUAAUGCCAAAUGCCACGACAUUCAAUUCUCUUAUGAAGCAGUACUGCAUUAGAAAUAACAUGCGUGCAACUACCGAGAUUUACAAGGUUAUGCAUGCCCGAGGAGUGAUGCCUGACAGUAACACGUACAAUAUUUUGAUUAAAGGGCAUUGUAAAGCUAGAAAUAUGAAAGAGGCGUGGUUUCUGCAUAAACAAAUGGUUGAAAAAGGAUUUAAUGUCACCACCACUACAUAUAAUGCUCUUAUAAGAGGUUUCUAUAAGAGGAAGAAAUUUGUGGAAGCUAGGAAGUUGUUUGAGGAGAUGAGAACACAUGGUUUGGUUGCUGAGAAAGAUAUAUAUGACAUUUUCAUUGAUGUGAACUAUGAAGAAGGAAACUGGGAAAUCACUCUUGAGCUUUGUGAUGAAGCAAUAGAGAAAUGUCUCGUUAAUGAAACUUAGUUGACUUAUGUCUUAUUCUUUGUUGGUGGUUCAAUUGAAAUUAACUUUGACAUCAUUAACACCAAUUUUUGUCAUGAUAAAGGUAGUGAUACUUGACUUUUCAAGGUGUUUUGCAAAACACUGGAGUAAAUUAUUUCACAAACACGAAGUGGGUAGUAAUAACUUCAAAUUUAAAGACACUUCGAGAUUUGUUGGGGUUAUUGUUUUGAGAUCUUGCAAGAAGGACAUGGUUGCUUUUGUCCCUUUUGCUGCCCCUCAGUAUAGACUAGUGUAUCUGGCCAAAGAUCAAAAUUUCCCGCUUUCGUAAUGAAAUUCCAAAUUUCUAAUUGCAAGUUUGGUUGCAUUUGGUUUGGGAUUGUCUCUUAAGUCAUACUGUAUGUGAAACAUUGCUGAAAUGCCUCUGGUAUUGUUCACGUUGUGUUUGUCUGGAUUAUCCUUGCAUCUUUGUCGACAACACUGAUUUCUAAUUUCUUCCUCUUGUUGAGUAUUAACAUUAAUAGAAUGCCUUCAGUUAGAUUGUAUUUCUUGGCGACUAUGUUGGUUUAUCAGUAUUUUCAUAUGAUCGAUAGAUUGUAUUUUGGCUACUGAGUACUUUUGAAACUAAAGACUCUGGGUCUGAUAUUGGCACUGCCUAGUUUAAUGUUUUUGAG